AAAGCAAGAAAGGACACAAAAGUUUUCAGAUAACAGUUUUUGGACAUGGCACAAGUUGAUGUAAAUUUUGAUCUCAAGAAACACUAUUAUGAUUCUAUAUUCGGUACAGAAAGUGAUGUUAUCGAAGAGGUAUUUGGUGCUAGUGACGACGAUAUGGAAGACAGCAUGGUAGAAGAAUCCAAAAUCCAGAAACAAGAAAAAGCUUAUGAUAACUUUUCGGAAUCAAGACUUGAAGCUGCUGCAAAGAAGCUGCGUGACCAGUAUAAAAGCCUGGAGAAUGCCAAAAGGCAAAGAAAAAUUCAAGUCCUGGAAAAUACUCCAAUGUUUUUCCGCUUACAAAAACCGAAGAAAAUCAUCUCAAGAAGACAUCCAAAAUUGGAAACGAGGCUUCGCCGACUAAAAAUCUAAUAAAAGA